AUGACCAGCUUCAGGAAAAGCGCACAAGGCCUCCACUACGCUGUUGCUGGUGAUGUGGAGUCGAUCGGCUGCUCGACCGCUGCUGCUGGUGGUGGUCGACUCCUGACCAACAAGCUCCUUCGGCAAGGCCUCUGCGCUGCGCUGAUCAUGAUGGGCCUCGUAGCCGGCUUCUAUUGUCUAUAUUUGUCCUCGAUCGACCGCCGGAGCACGCUGCUGGAGGUGAUGCAGUGCACGCACGACGUGUUUGUAGAGCACGGCGUGACCUACUUCCUCGACUAUGGCUCGCUCCUGGGCGCGGUCCGGCACAAGGGGUUCAUACCCUGGGACGGCACCGACGACCUGGACGUCGGUGUGCUGGUCAGCGAGACGGAGAAGAUAUACGCGCUGGGGCCACAGAUAGCGCGGCGCUGCGGCAACCACAUGAUCCACCGCUCCGACGUGGCGCUGCUUCCCGGCCUCACCGCCUUCGUCAUCAAGCGCGGCGCGUUCCGCAUCUUCUACAACCGCAUCACUCCCAUCUACAUCGACCUGGCCGACUACGAACCUAUCGAGUCGCCGCUGCCACGUACCCCUGCGACGGCUGCGGAAGUGGUGAACAACAACGAAGAAGAGGACGGAAGCGAAAUUGUGGUUCUGACCGAUCGCCACUACCCCGAACUCCACUUCCGCUUCCCGCUGGACAAGCUGCUACCCGUCCGGGAGUGCGAGUUCGAGGGCCGCACGUUCCACUGCCCACACGACGCUGACUUCGUGCUCACCCAGCAGUACGGCCCGGACUGGCGCACGCCCAAGAAGAACUUCGUCUCUGCUGACCACCAAAAAGAAAUAAAAGAAAUGCAAAAUUGA